CAAACCCAGAUCCACCCCCCCCCCCCCCCCCCCCCCCGGACUGAGUCCAGUCCAACCUCGCAGGCAAAGAUGGCGGACGUCACCCGCAACGGCUUCGGGGGCCGGAACCCGCCGGGGCUGCUGCAGAACGCGGCCAAGAACAAGCAUGCGUUCGUGCAGCUGUUCCUCAUGACGGGCGUCCUCUUGGUGAGCCUGCGGACCUUGGGCCAGAAGCACCUCCUCCACGACCUCGCCGCCGACAACGCCGACCUCCGCCGCCAGCGCGACGGCCUCUCCCACCGCAUGCGGGACCUCCAGGACGCGCUCCGCACGGAGGCGGGCGCCGACUCGUCCGGCGCUCUCGCGUCCCACCUCCGCCGCAUCUUCACCGCCCACCCUGCGCCUGCCGCCGCCGCCGAGGACCAGUAGCGUGCUCUCUCGAGGAAUCUUCUUCUCCGCGGUUUGGUUCUACGGUCCUGUGGUCGCAUGUCUAGCGGUGAGGUAGUGACCUCUUCCGUUGUCGCUGCCUCACGGUCCAUGGCAGCGCACGCUACGUGUUUGUGGAAAUGUCGCACUGCAGAGAGUUGACUGAAAGUGUUUCUGCGUCGUCUCGAGACGCAUUUGUUGAGACUUCAAACUUCGUGUCGCAGACUUUAAAUUUCGUGUUUCGGACUUAAAACUUUAAACAUCGUGUUUCAGACUUUAAACUUAAUGUUUCAGAUUGAUCAAUGGUCCUUUUACUUC